CAAACAAGCAUGUAUGAAUAAGUAAAAGCGAUAGCAAAACGUGAAAUCUCGAAUAGUGCAAAAUAUGAUCAAAGUUAGGAGCAAAGUUAAAAAUUGAAAAUGUCAAAUUCGCAAUAAUACAUGCUUCGAUACUCGUCAGUGAUACAAGGUGUAAACAUUAUGUAAAAAAAGUGUGAUAGUGCAGUGUAAAGUGUAAAAGAAAUAUUUUAUGUUACAUUUUUUAUUCACUGAAAAUGAUAUUUUUGAAAUUUGAAAUGUUCCUCGUCAUUUUCAUUCUUGUGUUAACAUUAUUAUAUAAAAAGAAUGGAACUUUUCUUUAUUAUUUCAAAUACAUUUUCUACGUUGGAAUUUCAAAUGUAAUUGUAUUUUUGGUGCUGCCAAUUUUUAUGAUUCGACCGAAAAACAUACACAAUUUAUUAAUCGCAUCAUAUGCAUGUUCUUGGAUUACUAAAAUCAUGGAAAUACAUUGGGAAUUAAGGGGAAAAGAACAUUUAGAACAAGACAGGGGAUGUAUUAUAGUAUCAAAUCAUCAAAGUGCUUUUGAUAUUUUGGGAAUGUAUCAAAUAUGGCCAAUAAUGAAAAAGUGUACAGCUGUAGCAAGACGAGAACUUUUCUAUGUUUGGCCGUUUGGUUUAGCUGCUUGGUUUGCCGGAUUGAUAUUUAUAGAUAGAAGAAAUAAAGAAAAAGCUAGAUUGCUUGUAAAUGAUACUGCAAAGUACAUCAAAGAGAGAAAGAUUAAAUUAUGGAUAUAUCCAGAAGGUACCAGACGAAAUACUGGUGAAAUUCAUCCAUUUAGAAAAGGCGCUUUUUACGCCGCUAUACAUAGUCAAAUACCUAUAUUACCAAUUGUCUUUUCUUCUUAUUAUUUUUUAUCUUCUAAAGAAAAGAGAUUUGAUUCUGUGACAAAAGAAGCAUGCAAUUUCCGCCGAAGGACGAAUGUCUGUCGGCAACAAGAUACAGAGUUCGCCGUUAGAAUCACCAUUGCAGUGGACAGUAUCGACGUUCGUUUGGAAUAGCCCUGAAAAGAUUUCUUCGAAGAGAAUGUUUGCCUUGUUACAAAGAGAAACGUCGUAGCCUUCAAGGACUUUGAGGCUUCCUCGACGUUAAGUGCCUAACGAACGUCGAAUUUCAUUCACUGAAUCUCUCAACAGGUGUCUCGAUAUGUUUUAAAAUCUUUAUCUUCUCAUUGAUAUAUAUAUAUAAUUAUUAUUUUUAGUCACAAGAUUUAUUAAGUGAUUUUUAUAUGCUCAGUACAGCAUAUUUAAUUUUUAUCUACGUGAUAAUUAUUUGAAAAAGAAAUUUUGACGAUAUUUAGAUAUGCUGUAGAAGAUGAGAUUUUGAAAAACUUUUUUCAUCCAUAUAUUCGUCGCUCGAUCUUAGUUUUUGAGAUAUUUGCAAAAAAAAUUGUUACUAUCAGAAUUUCAAAUGUACGAUAAUAUAUAUGUAAAUAUGCGAUCAUUUAUUUUCUGUUAAUACAUAUAAUACAUAAACAUAUAUAAACAUCACGAUAUAACGGACGAAUCUAUUAAGAAGCUGCUUUCUUAUUAUUAUUCUUGACCGAUAUAAGGUAUGAUAUCAAUAAUUAUAAUUUCUUAUAAUUUCAUCAAAGAUUGUUUUAUAUUUUAUUUUUGCG